CGUAAUCCCCAUCCGGCGCCGUAACCGUCUACCGAGGCGUCGUCUGCUCUCACUACAUUCGUUUUCUCUAGCGAGUUCCGAUGGGGGGAAGGAGAUAGCCAACAGUGCACCACUUUCGCGUCGGCCAUUGCAGGCAACACUAGGCGUGUUAACAAGGAGAACUAAUAUGCUAGCUGCCCAGAUUCUCCCACUUAUUCACAUCUCUCACAGAUGUAGAUGUCCUGCAAGAAUCCCAUCUUCGCAUUCUGGUCGCGUUUCCAGGAAAGUUAGUCGUGUCGAGGGGUUUAAACCUCACGAGCUUAUCACUCUUAAUAAACGAAGCCACCCUAUUUCUGCUCUGAAUACAAACGAUGGCCAUCCAAUUUUAUCAGCGUCUGAAGCAUCUGUGAACAAAGAUUCUGAACUGAAUAAUGAAUUGAGUUCGUUUCUGAACCAGUGGUCGCCUCCUCGGUACUUAUGGAGAGGACUAUCGGUUUCUAUAUUAGCAGGCCAAGUGAUCAUCAGGGCUAUAAAGGGCAAAAUCCACUGGAAAAACACUCUGCAGCAGCUGGAAAGAGUCGGCCCUAAAUCAGUCGGCGUUUGUCUCCUGACAUCGGCAUUUGUUGGCAUGGCCUUCACAAUCCAAUUUGUCCGGGAAUUCACUCGAUUAGGACUGAAUAGAUCUAUCGGCGGUGUCCUCGCCCUCGCCUUUUCGCGCGAGCUAAGCCCCGUUGUCACAUCCAUCGUAGUCGCUGGCCGUAUUGGCAGCGCAUUUGCCGCUGAAUUGGGCACAAUGCAAGUCUCCGAGCAAACAGACACUCUGAGGGUUCUCGGCGCGAAUCCUGUCGAUUAUCUGGUGACCCCUCGAGUCCUGGCCUCGUGUAUUGCCCUCCCAUUUUUAACCCUGAUGUGCUUCACUGUGGGAAUGGCGUCGAGCGCCCUCCUUGCAGACAGCGUCUACGGCAUCAGCAUCAAUAUUAUCUUAGACUCUGCUCAACGAUCUCUCCGAUCGUGGGAUAUAAUCAGCGCCAUGAUUAAGUCUCAGGUCUUCGGCGCGAUUAUAUCAGUGGUGAGCUGCGCUUGGGGCGUGACAACUCUUGGAGGCGCCAAGGGUGUCGGGGAAUCUACAACCUCGGCUGUGGUUGUGUCUCUGGUCGGGAUAUUUAUUGCGGAUUUCGCCCUCUCGUACUUCUUCUUCCAAGGAGCUGGAGAUUCCCUCAAGAACUGUAUGUAACAAUCUUUUACAUUUCCUUAUGUCUUUUACAUAUCGAUAAUAUUUUCGCUACUUAGCCAGUCUUAAGUCUUUUCAAUACACCGUAUUGUCGAACUUGUAGGUUAAUCGAUUCAAUAUUGAGCUAUUUUAUGGUUUUGUCUUA